AUGCGCUCGUUAGCGGAUUUUACCUCCGCAGCGCUGGGAGGCACACUCAAGGCGAUAGUCGAUCUAAACAAUGUUCCCCUCGUGAACGGCACGGCGUUUGUCAAAUGGCGCUUACCUUCGUCAAGCAGCGCCGAAAACCAUGGGCAUACGGAUAAGGCGGUCAUUAUUGAUCACCGAGCAUACUGGAACUACGAGAAGACCCUGCAGGUUCGACUUACUAUCGACCGGAACCAGAGCUUGCACGAAUGCGAACUACAAUUUGAAAUUAUACAGGAGUUUGAGUCGGGGGGAGGCGGCGAUACCAAGAAUUUCCUGGGAAGGAUCAGACUCAACCUCGCUGAAUACGUGGAUAAGAGCGAUGAUGACGAGGGUAUCGUGAGGAGAUAUUUGAUGCAAGACAGCAAAGUAAACAGCACUCUUAAGAUAGGGGUAGCAAUGCGUCAAGUGGAGGGCGAUAGGAAUUUUACGACACCCCCUUUGAGAUCGGCCAUGGCCUUCGGUGGCAUCACGGGCGUCAUAUCUUCGGAACAGACCGAUCCUGACGAUUUGGGUCCACUGCCAUCUAUCAAUACGCAAAGCAGGGAAGCUGCUGACAUGCAGGAUAUGUACCGCCGGACCUUGGCUGCUUCUUGGAACUCUCACUCCGACGACGUACCUGCGGAUAAGCUAGUUGAGGACCUUUUCUCAGGAAGCAUUAGCUGGAGCAGCGAAGUUCAUGAUCUUCAAUCGACCAGGGCCAAGGAAGGUGAACAUCUUCCCUCCACCGGUGCAGCUACGAAAAGUACGUCGGCGAAUAGACUUUCACCCAGCUUUGAAAGACGACCGAAAAGCUCCUCAGGCAACCAGCUCCGCAAUGACGAGAACGCCGACGACAUACUCGAUGACGAUCUAAUUACGGAACGAAUCGAAAGUUUUCGCGCACCUUAUCGCCCGGGAGAUAAAUUGAGUCCCGCCGACUGGGAGAAUCUUCGGUCAGACGUCCAGACAUCAUUCACAAUCCAGCAACUGUCGGACUACAUUGAGCAUUUUAAGGCGGAAAAGACAGUGCCGGAGGAGGGCUUAAUACUUCAUGGAGGUGCAAAACUUGCCCAAUGGAGGCCUGGGACUUCGGCUUUUUUUGAAACGGAAUCGGCUCCCCAGGUGGGAGCUGCUAAAAGAGUUGCAACAUCGCUAGAUCUGAGAGGCAAGUAUCUGCUCACUGAGCGGAUACUUCGCGAUUGCUGGUACCUUGGGCUCAUUGGCGAGGUUGGCCAGUUGGAUAUUCGUCUUCCCGCCCACUCACUAUCGUUAUUUCUACACUCGGAGCACUUUUCCUUCGAGGAGCUGGCUGGUCUUCACGAUGCGAAGAUUGAUAUCACGCAUUCGCUUGGUCUUGUUCGCAUCACCGGAAAGCUUCAUUCUUGUGAAUUCAUCCGUGACAUCAUAUACGACGCCACAACCAGAAUACGAGAGGAGGAUCUUGAACUGUACCCCCCUGGCGCUAUCCCAAAAGGCAAAACUCGUGUUUUCACUGCCGAUUUCCUGUCAUGGGUCAGCAAGACUUACGGCGUCUCAUUCGAUCUGACCUCCACUACACCAACUAAGAUGUUCUACCUUGUCGAAAACAAACCGAACGCAGAUAGUGCUCGGAGGACACUGAAUCUGGCAAUCCACGAUGCCACUCAGCCUCCGAUCCCAUUCGGCACUUAUAUGGCAGCCUCAGAGCCCGUCGACACCUACGACAUCAACCCGGAACUCAAUGUAUCAUGGUUUGAUCGACAGAAGUCAUGGUUCCGCUGGGCCGUACCAUCAGCGCAAACAACCGCAUCAAACAUGUCAGACGCACCAUUCUUCAAUAAACACGAAACGCGCCUAUCAGAUGAACUCCUUAAACUUCUACGAGCAAGAUCACGCACCAAUCUCGGCAACGCCGAAGCCCAUGAAAGCAUAACAGCAGCAGUCGGUCGUUGUCUCUUCCAGCACAAGCCGUUCGAAGGGAAGGCCAUCACCGCCGCCCAGCUAGGCAAACUGGCACCUCAACGAACCUUUACAACCGACAUCCCCCGAGUAAUCCCAUUCCUGCACCAGCUCGCCGCAGACUAUCCGGAGGAAGAAAUCCAACCGCACCGUCUUCGCCUCGUCCCAUCCGCAGUCCAUGCAAACAUCUUUCCCCAACUCGAGCUCGAAGUUGCCAUAGCCCCGGGAGGCUUCGAGUCCGAAUACAACGUGCAAAACGCCAGAGCAAUCCUAUCCCAAAGCAGCGUCGACUACCUCCUCCCCGAAUGCGGCCUCGAUCUCCGCUUCAUCCGGAAAUUAACCCAUGAUGUACUGGACAGCUUCGGCGAGGACGGCCCCCUGCAACCCCUCCAGGUCUCUCUGCGGGAAUUCUUCUCCAAAGCGGUGAUCUACGAGGGCGAGACUCCUCUUCCGGCCUUUUCUCAGCUCUCAAUCCCCAACUAUCUCUUAGUUGAGGCGGGCAAAGAACGCGAUCCCGAUGGCUUCACUACGGCAGAGUACAUGUAUCUGCCCGUUAGCGAUUUCCGGGGCACCCGUCUCCAUCAGUAUGACUUUGAGGGUCACCAACUUAAUUACUCUUUCUAUGAGAGUGGGCCUUUUAGUCCUCAUCGUACGACGGAUAUUUUCUUGGAUAUGGAUGUGGCUGGUACGUCGGAACAGUCUCCUUCGGAAAACGGUGACUCCCAGGAGCCUGUUCAGCGAGAGUUUGGUUCUUUCUAUAAGGCGGCUUGCUCUUUGGCGUUUGAAUUGGAUAGAUCUGGACGUAUGAUGUGA